AUGGAGGAGCGGCUCAACAAGAGGGUCGAGGCAAUGGAGGAGCGGCUCAACGGGAGGGUCGAGGCAAUGGAGGAGCGGCUCAACGAGAGGGUCGAGGCAAUGGAGGAGCGGCUCAACGUGAGGGUCGAGGCAAUGGAGGAGCAGCUCAACGGGAGGGUCGAGGCAAUUGAGGAGCGGCUCAACGAGAGGGUCGAGGCAAUGGAGGAGCGGCUCAACGGAAGGGUCGAGGCGAUGGAGGAGCGGCUCAACGGGAGGGUCGAGGCAAUGGAGGAGCAGCUCAACGGGAGGGUCGAGGCAAUUGAGGAGCGGCUCAAUGGGAGGGUCGAGGCAAUGGAGGAGCGGCUCAACGAGAGGGUCGAGGCAAUGGAGGAGCGGCUCAACGGGAGGGUCGAGGCAAUGGAGGAGCGGCUCAACGGGAGGGUCAAGGCAAUGGAGGAGCGGCUCAACGAGAGGGUCGAGGCAAUGGAGGAGCGGCUCAACGAGAGGGUCAAGGCGAUGGAGGAGCAGCUCAACGGGAGGGUCGAGGCAAUGGAGGAGCGGCUCAAUGGGAGGGUCGAGGCAAUGGAGGAGCGGCUCAACGAGAGGGUCGAGGCAAUGGAGGAGCGGCUCAACGGGAGGGUCGAGGCAAUGGAGGAGCGGCUCAACGAGAGGGUCGAGGCAAUGGAGGAGCGGCUCAACGAGAGGGUCGAGGCAAUGGAGGAGCGGCUCUACCGAGAGGGUCAAGGCGAUGGAGGGAGCAGCUCAACGGGAGGGUCGAGGCAAUGGAGGAGCGGCUCAAUGAGAGGGUCGAGGCAAUGGAGGAGCGGCUCAAUGGGAGGGUCGAGGCGAUGGAGGUUUGAGGAGGUGGACAAAAGGUUUGAAGAGCUGGACGAAACAAUGGCAGGGUUCCAAGCCGCCCAAAACACGUCAACUGAUUCUCUGAAUCAGCUCAUUGACACCGUCAACAACGUCAACGGGCUCCUCACUGCAGCUGGCCUUGUUUCCCGUGGUGCUGGUGGCCCCCAUCCUCUCCCAUAA